CCUGACUAUGUCCCGGAGUGAAGCAGUGAAACAUGCAAAGAGGAGAAUAAUUUGCAUUGCUAUUCAAACUCCAGAAGGACCAACACCAAAUAAAUUAUGAAUGUUGAACAAGAUGACCUUACAUCCACAGCAGAUAAUGAUAGGUCCUAGGUUUAACAGGGCCCUAUUUGACCCCCUGCUUGUGGUGCUGUUGGCUCUUCAGCUUCUUGUGGUGGCUGGCCUAGUGAGGGCUCAAACUUGCCCUUCUGUCUGCUCCUGCAGCAACCAGUUCAGUAAAGUGAUUUGUGUACGGAAAAAUCUGAGAGACGUGCCAGACGGCAUCUCCACCAACACCCGUUUACUCAAUCUCCAUGAGAACCAGAUCCAAAUCAUUAAAGUUAAUAGCUUCAAGCAUCUGAGGCACCUAGAAAUCCUGCAGCUCAGCAGGAAUCACAUCAGAACAAUUGAAAUAGGGGCUUUCAAUGGUCUGGCCAAUCUCAACACUUUGGAACUCUUCGACAAUCGUCUGACCACUAUCCCAAAUGGGGCUUUUGUAUACCUGUCAAAACUGAAGGAACUGUGGCUGAGAAACAACCCCAUUGAGAGCAUCCCUUCUUAUGCUUUUAACAGAAUCCCUUCUCUCCGGAGGUUGGAUUUGGGGGAACUGAAAAGGCUUUCAUACAUCUCAGAAGGUGCCUUUGAAGGUCUGUCCAACUUGAGGUAUUUGAACCUUGCCAUGUGCAAUCUUCGAGAGAUUCCUAACCUCACUCCACUUGUAAAACUGGAUGAGUUAGAUCUUUCUGGGAAUCACCUGACUGCCAUCCGGCCAGGUUCUUUCCAAGGGUUAAUGCAUCUUCAGAAAUUGUGGAUGAUACAGUCCCAGAUUCAAGUGAUAGAAAGGAAUGCUUUUGAUAACCUUCAGUCACUUGUAGAGAUCAAUCUGGCACACAACAAUCUAACACUACUGCCUCAUGACCUGUUCACACCACUCCGCCUAGAAAGGAUCCACUUGCAUCACAAUCCUUGGAACUGCAACUGUGAUAUCCUUUGGCUCAGCUGGUGGAUUAAAGACAAGGCACCCUCCAAUACUGCAUGCUGUGCCCGUUGCCACACACCUCCCAGUUUAAAAGGAAGGUACAUUGGUGAGCUGGACCUGAAUUACUUCACGUGUUAUGCUCCAGUCAUAGUGGAGCCACCAGCAGACCUCAAUGUCACAGAAGGCAUGGCUGCAGAGAUGAAAUGCCGGGCAUCAACCUCCCUGACCUCUGUAUCUUGGAUUACUCCAAAUGGAUCUGUUAUGACGCAUGGGGCAUACAGAGUUCGGAUUGCUGUGCUCAGUGAUGGCACAUUAAAUUUUACAAAGGUAACUGUGCAAGACACGGGUUUGUAUACAUGCAUGGUGAGUAACUCUGUUGGGAAUACCACAGCUUCUGCCACACUGAAUGUGACUGCCCUGGAUAACCCUGGUUACACGUACUUUUCUACCGUCACAGUAGAGACUGUGGAACCUUCUCAGGAUGAGGCACAGACCACAGAGCAGGUUGGGCCCACACCAGUUACCAACUGGGAGACCACUAACAUGACAACCUCACUCACUCCACAGAGCACAAGAUCAACAGAAAAAACGUUCACCAUUCCUGUGACGGACGCAAACAACGGGAUCCCGGGAAUAGAUGAGGUUAUGAAGACUACUAAAAUCAUAAUUGGUUGUUUUGUGGCUAUCACUCUCAUGGCUGCUGUGAUGCUGGUAAUUUUCUACAAAAUGAGGAAACAGCAUCACCGGCAGAACCAUCAUGCUCCAACACGGACUGUAGAGAUCAUUAAUGUGGAUGAUGAGCUUACAGGUGACACACCCAUAGAGAGUCAUUUGCCCAUGCCAGCAAUAGAGCAUGAGCACCUAAAUCACUAUAACUCUUAUAAGUCUCCUUUCAACCACACAACAACAGUUAACACAAUAAAUUCAAUACACAGUUCAGUGCAUGAACCGUUAUUGAUCCGAAUGAACUCAAAAGACAAUGUACAAGAGACUCAAAUCUAAAACA